ACAUAAUGAUUGCGAUUUGGUUGCGAUCUGUUCGAACACAUAUGAUGGAUAUGAAUGUCAAUGUCCGCCAGGAUUCUUAGAUACAUCACCUGAUCCUUUACGCUUACCAGGAAGGAAAUGCACUCAACUAAUUAAUGAGUGUGGUACAAAUAAACACGAUUGUUCACCAUACGCUACAUGUGUCGAUACGUUGGAAUCAUACCUGUGUCAGUGUAAUGCCGGAUUUAAGGAUGUUUCCUCACGCUAUGAUUUAAAACCUGGACGACGCUGUGCUCAAUCCAUGAAUCAAUGCGCUAAUCGAUUAGCGAAUUCAUGCGAUGAAAAUGCGGACUGUGUAACAUUACCCGACGGCUAUACUUGCAUUUGUGCUACCGGAUAUUUUGACGUUUCCAGUAAUGCUAAGCUACCACCCGGACGUGUAUGCACCCUGCAAACUCAGUGCCCAGCGCAAUCAACAGAUCUUGUUUUUCUAAUCGAUGGAAGUGGUUCGAUUGGUUAUGAUAUCUUUCAUAAAGAGGUGCUCCGUUUUGUGAAAGAUUUCGUCGAGUUAUUUGAUGUUUCUCCGCAGCAAACUCAUGUAGCUGUAGUACAAUAUUCAGAUCUUAUUAGACAUGAAAUCGACUUAAAUCAAUGUUCUUCGAUAGAACAAUUAAAACAAGCUAUUGACGGCAUCGAAUAUUUGACGGGUUUAACGAGAACGGGUGCAGCAAUACAACAUAUUACUGAUGAAGCAUUCAGUGAACGUCGCGGUGCUCGACCGCUUGACAGUAAAGUACCACGAAUUGUUAUUGUUAUAACAGAUGGACGAUCGCAAGAUGAUGUUACCACAUCUGUGCAAAAUGCAAAAAUGAAACAAAUACAGCUUUUUGCAGUUGGUGUUACUAAUCACGCAUUAGAUGCUGAAUUGGAAUUAAUUUCUGGAUCAAAGAAACGAACAUUUCAUGUGAAUGCAUUUGAAGAAUUGAAUGCUCGUUUGCGAAGCGCAAUUCAAAAAGUAACUUGCCCAGCCAAUAUUUCUGUUCCACUAAUAUUUCAAGAGAAUUGUGUUCUGCAAACUCAUGCAGGAUGCGAUCGAUCGCUGAAUCAAAUAUGUGCAAUGGAAAAUGGAAAACCUCGUUGUACCUGUCCAACAGAAUUCGAACAACAUCCGAUUACACGGGUUUGUGGUGGUGCUUUAUGCAAUCCACAACUUCUUUCCUCAUGUCCAAGUCCUGAAAUAUGCCAGUUGGCACCACAUGGAAAUCACAGAUGUACAUGUCCGCUUUACUUCGUACGAGACCAGAAGUCUGGUGCUUGCACAAGCAGUCAUGUACCAUCAAUGCCUGGCAUAGUGCCGGAUAUAGAUGAAUGCGGACAAAAAAAACCGUGUAAGGAAAACGAACAGUGUAUAACAUCUUCAUCCGGAAAACAAAUCUGCCAGUGUCUGCCUGGCUAUGUAACUAAUUCAAAUGGUAAAUGCCAAGUAAGCGGAACAUGCGAACCAUAUUUGCCGAAUGCUUGUGAUAAUCGAAGACAUGAAGAAUGCCUUCCGGAUAAUCGUGGAGGAUUCAUUUGUCAAUGUGCCGUCAAUCAAAUCCGGCAUCCUAUCACCCAGAUUUGCUUGGUGGAUGAAUGCGCUGCCAGAACGCAUGACUGUGAUAAGAAUGCGAACUGCAUCGAUACCGAUGAAGGAUAUAUUUGCACAUGCAAAGAAGGUUAUAUAGAUGAAAGUCCGGAUCCAUCGCGAAGACCCGGAAGAGUUUGCCGAUUACAAACGGAUGAAUGUGCUCAGGGCACCCACAACUGUUCAGUAAAUGCAGAUUGCAUUAAUUUGCCGAAAGGAUUUUUAUGUCGAUGUAAAAAUAAUUACGUGGACUUCAGUCCAAAUCCACAAUAUUUUGGUGGCACAUACUGUAAACCGCUAGUAAAUGAAUGUGCCAACAAAUCACUAAACACAUGCAGUAAAAAUGCUAUUUGCAUUGAUACAACGGAAAGUUACAAAUGUCAAUGCAAAGAUGGCUUCAUUGAUCAUGACGAACUUCGAAAUCCGGGAAGAAU